AUGAGCCAGAAGGUGGUACUCAUCACGGGCUGCUCCUCUGGGAUUGGUCUCGCCUUGGCUGUCCGCAUCGCAAAAGAUGAGAAGAAAAGGUUCAUGGUUUAUGCCACCAUGAGGAACGUGAGUAAGGCCGAGGCGCUGGUCGAGGCAGCCGGUCGGACUCUGGGCCGGACGCUGGAGAUCAAACAGUUGGACGUGUGUGACGAGGUCUCCAUCAAAACCUGUGUGGACAGCCUGCCUGAACGCAGAGUGGACAUUCUUAUCAGUAACGCUGGGAUGGGUCUGAUCGGACCCAUCGAGUGUCAGUCCAUCGAUGAGAUGAGGACCGUCAUGGACACCAACUUCUUCGGCCUCGUGCGUUUGCUGAAGGAGAUCCUGCCGGACAUGAAGAGGAGGAAGAAAGGCCACAUUGUGGUCAUUAGCAGCGUCAUGGGCAUUCAGGGAAUAUUGUUCAAUGACGUCUAUGCAGCAUCCAAGUUUGCAGUGGAAGGCUUCUGUGAAAGCUUAGCAGUACAAGCCCUGAGGUUCAAUCUCAACAUCAGCCUGAUAGAGCCAGGUCCAGUGAUAACAGAGUUUGAGCGUAAAGUCUAUGAUGAAGGCAUGAAGACUGAUCUGAGCAAAGCUGACAAAGUUACUGCUGACAUGUUCACCAACAUCUACUUGAAAAACUACAAUCAAAUCUUUGAAACCUUCGGGCAGACUGCUGACGAUAUAGCAGAGCAUACUCUAAAGAUCAUCACCAUGGAGAAUCCCCCUUUCCGCCAUCAGACAAACGCGGUUUACACCCCGAUGACCACGCUUAAAUACGCCGACCCCAAUGGCGACCUCCCAAUCGACACAUUUUACAAAAUGGUGUUUGAACACGACAAGGUCUUCAACGCCAGUCUGAACUUCAUCAAACUCCUGCGCUGGAGAAGUCGAAAGAGCUUCACGUUGGAUAAAGAUAAAGACAAGAGCAACUAAAUUUUAAAAAAUCCUUUUUAUUCCCAUUUUUGGCAAGCUACCUUCAUUACAGUUUUUCUCAGUCAACUUUGGUGCAUUUCUCACAUCAAUAUUUAGUUUAGUUCAAAAAACAUACAAAAAUAAUUGGAAAAAAAUGAAAUACUACUAAUAUUAACAAUAAUAUAGAAGUAUAUACAUUAAAAUGUGAAAAAAAGAACAUAAAUACA